AUGGUCGCUAUCACUAUUAUGCUACCACAACUUUCGGGUCUCGCAACAUACACGAACAAUCCUGACUAUAUCGCAAAACAAAGAGAAAGAAAGGAAGCAAAGAACAAGUCAAGACCCUCACAGAAAUUUUCAGGACAACAGCAGCAGAAUGCGUUCACUUAUGCAGCCCCAGAUGCAGACAUCGAGGGUGACGACCAGGCUGUAUCGAGCAAAUCCUCUGCAUUCAAAGGCGUGCGUUCAACUCUCAACAAGCUGGCUCACCCUCAACUUACAGAGUCUGAUAUACCCAUAAAACUUGAGCUUGUCGGAGAAAGUGAAUUGAAAAGACGUGCGAGACGCAGAGAAGAUGAGCCUAAGAAAGUCAACACAGAUCCUAACAGUUUUGAUUACGACAUUGACGAGUUCAUAGACGAAGAAAACAGGAAAGAAGCGUUUGAGUCUCAGCAAGAUGCUCAAAGAAAGUACGGAACAUCUGAUGUGUAA